AUGGUGGAUUGCUGGCUGAUGAACGACAGCGUGGCACUGCAGCAGGGCGCGGUUCGCAAGCGCCUGGACGCCGAGCUCGCCAAGCUGCCUGCGGCCCCAAGCGCGCCGGCCCCUGCGCCUAGCGGCUAUGGAGGCUUGCCCUCCGGCGGCAUGGGCGGCAUGGGCGGCAUGGGCGGCAUGGGCGGCAUGGGCGGCAUGGGUGGCAUGGGUGGUAUGCCCGGCGGCAUGGGUGGCAUGCCCGGGAUGGAGCAGAUGAUGAACAACCCGGCCAUGAUGCAGCAAGCCCAGCAGAUGAUGCAGAGCAACCCGGGGAUGAUGCAGCAGGCGCAGCAGAUGAUGCAGGAUCCCAACAUGAUGGCACAGGUGCAGCAGAUGAUGCAGAACCCCCAGGCCAUGGCGCAGCUGCAGAACAUGAUGGGCGGCAUGGGGCGCUAG